AAGGCGGACGCUUUAUCCCCGUCCCUUGCGCCUUCUGCUCAGGUCAGCUUAAAGAAAUCUCCGCUUCCGCCGCCGCCGUCUCCUCGUCGUCCUCCUCCUCUCCUCUCCUCCGCCAUCCUACCGGACAAUUCGAAACAAACUACGCAAGUCCGAGAAAUAUGCAUGCCUUAGCAGCGCUUCCUUCCUGCCCGCGGCACCAACCCGCUCUCACCCUCGAUCUCAUGAGGACGACAACGACGACAACGGGUUGGUGCGGGGGGCGACCCGCUCCUUGCCUCCCUUGCAACCGCCGGUCUCCCUCGUCCCUCCAUGUCGCGCUCUGCCGGAGGCCUUCCGACCAUGAAGUGGGUGCGGGUGAUGCGGACGACGUGUUCGACGAUUUGUUCAAGAAGUACGGGAAGGUGGUAUACAAAAGCGGCGACCAAAAGCGGCCUGCCGCAGAGGCAGAUGAUGAUUCCGAGAGCUUGUCUUUUGCGGUCACACUAGCCAAAGUUGCAAAUGAGGUCAAAGCUGCUGAUAUCCGUGUUCUCUUUGUGAAGCCUCUGGUUUACUGGACUCGAUUUUUUAUCAUCGUCACAGCCUUUUCUCGACCGCAAAUUGACGCAAUUGGGUCAAAGAUACGAGACACAGCUGAAAAGCAAUUUAACAAAAUUGCAUCUGGUGAUACCAAGCCCAACUCAUGGACCUUACUAGACUUUGGUGAUGUGGUAGUUCAUAUAUUUCUUCCGCAGCAGCGAGCUUAUUACAACUUGGAAGAAUUUUAUGGCAACGCUACACCUAUUGAGCUGCCGUUUGACAAUCAAACCCCAUUCCGUAGCUAAUACAGUCAGCAUCACUUGAAAUGGUUGGUAAUCUAUGAAGGGAAGCAAACCCCUUGCGCUGAAAAAAUCACAUCUUCUUGUCAGCCACUUGUGCCUCCUUCAAGAAGAGAGAUUUAUAACGUCACACUUUUGAUGAACUAAAAUAGAUCGCUUGAAGUUGUCUCUUGGUUGCAGAGGUUGCUGGAGCAUAUCUUUGGCAACCAUGUUACCAAUGUCAGAUGAUUCAUCAAGAUCAAAUGUAUCUCAGUAAGAUAUUCCCUCAGAUGUGUAGGGAGGCAGCUUUAUGAAUCUGGAAUGUUAAUUGUGUGUUUUGGAAAACUUCAUAUGCUGCCUAUGGAAAAUUUCUCAGCAUUCAAUUCUAUAACAAUAGGGGCUGAGAUAAAUCCAGGAGGGGAUCAACCUUGAUCCAGUUGUACUGCAUCGAUUUGUUUCUGUGGCAUGACAAGCUGUUUAAACAAACCAUUUGGUUGCUGAGAUCUAGAAUUAAUAUCGUAAA